GAGGACGACUUCAUAACUGCUAUGUCUGUCUUUCUUGCGUACGUGUGUUUUCAUGGUUUUUAAGGGAGGUCAAAUUUAAUAGUUUCAUUAUGUGUUCAUAAGUGGUAAUUAAGUUACAAUUCGGAAAUUGAAAAUGUGUGUUUUAAAUUUUAUAUUUGUUAAGUAAGAGUAUUACCUAUAAAUAAUUUAUACGUAACAAGGACAAAAACAGCUUCAUAGCUGCCCUUCACAAUGGCUGCCAUUGUUAAAACACAGAAAUAUAAUUUCGAGAAAAUAUGUCGGGCUUGUUUGCAAAUAAAGAAGGACAUGCGACCUUUAUUUGAGCAGCUUACGGCGACGAUGCUAAUGGGAAUAUCAAAAGUGCAGGUAGCCGUGGGCGAUGGGUUACCGUCUCAGCUGUGCUUGCAAUGCGUGCACCAGAUAUCUCGCUGCCACGCUUUCAAGACACUGGUGGAGAGAAACGACAUUACUCUUCGCGAGCAAGUGAAGGCAAUGGCCGAGGAGGCCUUGAACAUAGAGAAAGAGAAAAACAUCCACUCAUUGUACAGGGGCAUACAAUUUAUAGAGGUGCCAAGUUUAAGCAGCAACAGUACAAAUCAAAUACUAGACGGAUUCUUUGUGGAGAGCACACCAGAGCAAUCUGUAUCACAGGAGAUAUUAAAGAAGGAGGAGUUUGACGUUGAUAAGUUGAAUCCGAACGCAGAAAUUGCUGCGAAACCCGAAGAAGGAGGCGUUAACUCCGAUGACGAAAACUUGCUACAAAUGGUGGUGUUUCAAGCCACAUCGUCCGUCGCACCGGGACGCCACGUCUGCAACCUUUGCCACAAAGAAUUCAAACACGCCAGGUGGCUAAAACUUCACAUGCGCUCCCAUUCUAACUGGAUCAAGGCAAACUGCAAGAAACCGCCGAAAUGUCCGAUAUGCGAAAGGACUUUUAAGGGUCCUGGAAUGUUGAAAAUGCACAUGCGAACCCACGAACAACGUCCCCCGAAGCAGCCCACGUGUUCUGUGUGUCAGCGCACGUUCCCCACCAAGACCCUGCUCUACAGGCACAGACAAACGCAUUUCGAGCAGAAGACCCAUCAAUGUACGGUCUGCGAAAAGAGGUUCUUUAGCGGAUACGCCCUGCGGUCACACAUGGCCCGGCAUAGGGGCGAAAGACCAUACAUGUGCGCUAUAUGUUCCAAGAGCUUCUACAAUCCAACUGAUUUGAAGGUCCAUUUCCGCUUGCACACGGGAGAAAAGCCUCUAAAAUGUUCAGAAUGCAACAAAACCUUCCGCCGCCACUCGACGCUGUGCCAACACAUGAAGAAACAUCGCGGCAUAAAGAACCACGUGUGCAACAUGUGUAACAAGGCGUUCUAUGAAGUGUCCAAGUUAAACGCACACAUGCGAGUUCAUACAGGCGAGCGUCCGUUCGAGUGCCAGUUCUGCGAGCGCAAGUUCGCGCAACAGUCGGCGCUCAUCUACCACCGGCGCACGCACACGGGCGAGAAGCCGUACGCGUGCAAGGUGUGCCCCGCGCGCUUCACCACCUCCUCCGCCAGGAACAACCACAUGCUCACGCACACCGGACACAAGAAGUUCGUGUGCCCGGUGUGCUUCAAAGGCUGCACGUCGCGCGCGGAGCUGCGCGUGCACUCGAGCAAGCACACGGGCGAGAAGCUGUUCGGCUGCGAGCUGUGCCCGCAGCGGUUCAGCUCGGCGUCCUACCUCGCCGUGCACCGCCGCGCGCACACCGGCGAGAAGAAGUACACGUGCGACGUGUGCGGGAAAGGUUUCAUAGAAAGCAGCGCGUACAAGAAGCAUUUGAAAACGCACGCGUCAGACAAAAAAGAGAACGACGAUUCAACCAACGACAACACGGACACAAACUUCGAGAGCGAGAGACCGUUGUCUCCGGAGAAGAUGCAGAAGCCGGAAAAGAUGGAGGAAGAGCAGAGAGAAGAAGAGAAAGAGAGCAGCGUGGCGGUGCAGAGUGGACAGCAGAAGAAGUUCAAGUGCGGUUUGUGUGUGAAGAGUUACACGUACUUGCACAGUUUGAAGAAACACAUGUUGAGUCAUGUGCAGAUGUGUGUGUUCAGCCCUGAUGGAUCAGAGAGACUGUACGCCUUUAAGCAACAACAAGAGCUCCAGCAACAACAACAACAACAGCAGCAGCAACAACAGCAGCAACAACAACAGCAGCAGCACCAGCAACAACAGCAGCAGCAGUUGCAAGUGCAGCCGCAGGUGCAGCAACUGCAGCAGCAGAUGCUGCAAGUCGGCAGCGUGCAGCAACUCGCCGUGCCGAUACACGCGCAACACGGCAUCACUGUUUCAGGGGUGCAGGGACAACAGUACCCGACAGUGUCGUCGAUACAAUCACUCCAAUUGCAACAGACGCAUCAGCACAUUAACACGCAGCAGCCUCAGCUUCAAGUGCAAACCAUACAAAUACACCCGCAGCACCAGCCCAUACAAAUACAUGCGGUGGGAAUGCAGCAAGUCCAGCAAGAACAGCUGCACGUAGCCACAUCCUCCUGCCAGACCAUGUUGCCCAAUAUACUACAGUUGCAGCCAGGCGCCGUGGUGGGGCAGGUGGGCACGGACCUGGGCGGCGUGCACCGCAUCAUCCUGACGGGGCAGCCGCCCGCGCAGGCGCACCCCGCGCUCUACACCAUACACCACUAGUCGUCGUCAUCAACCUCAGACCAAUUAUAGAAGGACCUGUACGUGACUCAAAGGCACGAACAAAAUUGUCUGUGUUUUUCUAAGGAAAACGAGCUUAGAUUUUGUAUAUAUCUUAUACUGAACUAGAAGUUUUUGCCCGUUUUUUACACAAUUCACUUACACAAAAAGGUAUUUUUACGAAGCUCUUUAACCGACGAACACGAUUACAACUAUUACUAUUACGAUACAACAUUUAACAUCGAUUUUAAAUCGACAUUAAAAUAUUAUUUAACAUCGAUUCUAUAGAGACAGUUUUUAUAAUCGCAUUAGAUCGUUGAUCAUAUACUUUGACAGAAAAGUAACGUCUAGCGAGGCAGGUCUAUACAAUAUUUGGUCUGAGUUAUCAACCCAUAUUCGGCUCACUGCCGAGCUCGAGUCUCCUCUCAGAAUGAGAGGGAUUUGGCCAAUAGUCCACCACGCUGGCCCAAUGCGGAUUGGUAGACUUCACACACGCAGAGAAUUAAAAAAAAAUCUCAGGAUAUUUUUAAUUCACCGUUUGUGACACGUGAUAUUUAAUUUCUUAAAAUUAAAUUAAAUUCUCUGGUAUGCAGGUUUCCUCACGAUGUUUUCCUUCACCGUUUGAGACACGUAUAUGUACCUAUAUAUAAUAUUUAAUUUCUUAAAAUGCACACAACUCAAAAGUUACUCUACACUGGGUUACCACGGCUAUAUAGCGCGUACAAAUCGUCAUAUAUUGGUUGUAACAUGACAUGAAUCUACUGUAAAAUGGUCAAUUAGCCCUUGGUCUCUUGUUAAAUAAAAUUACAAAAUUAUAAAGUUAGCUAACAAAUGCGUUAGAACGUAAAAUGUUCAAUUAGCCCUUGGCCUCUUGUUAAAUAUAAUUACAGUCAAAAAGUUAGCUAACAAAUGCAGAAAAACGUGGCAGGAGAUAUUUUGAAGUGAACGCCAAUAUGUAUAGUCGGAUAAUCGUAGAUCCCGUUAGGCCAAACGAGCGUAGUUUUGUUAAGGAAUGAUGACAGUUUUUUAAAUUGCAUAAUAUAUUAAGAGUAUGCUAAUAGUAAAGCUAUUUUGUAAAAGGAACAGGGUAUCUGCGAUCAUUACUUUUCGAGCUACAGGGAUUUAAAGAGUCAGAUUUGCGGCGCUGCUGCGGAUCCCUGAAAAACGCUCCAUACAAAAUGGCACGAACUAAUGACGUCGUAGGUAAUGUAAUGAUCGUUAUAUUUGUAUGUGCGUUCAAAGAAAAUUACUAAUAUCUUUGUUAUUUGUGCGUUUAUGUUUAUAGUUAAAAAUGUCACAUUUACUUAAUGUAAUAAAGCUAAAACGGUAUGAAUUUUCAUCUAAUUAUGAUAACAGAUUUUUAAUAGAUUUUGAAAUUUUAUAAUCUUAUUUAUUUUGCAAAUAUCCAGACAAUCUUUGCUUUUUAUGUAUAAAUUAGUUAACAUUGACCUUAUUUACCCGAAUGUAUCAUAAAAAUCAAUAUAUUCAAACCUAGUCAUCAUCCCCAUAGGUCACAAAAAUUCGCGUGCAAGUGGGAACAAAAAUUAUUUUGUGAAGCCAUGUGGCAGGAAUUGAACUUUUGUAUGAAACCGAAUGCAGCAGAGAUUACACGACUGACAACUUACAGAAUUACGCUCGUUUACCUUUAUGCUGCGCAAUAUAAGAUUUUAGGUAUCAGCCGUUUCGCAGUGGCGCGGCAGCAGCGCAUCACAAAUUAAAGAUUGCGUCUUAAUUAUACUAUUAUGGGAGGCAGUAUAAUAGCAUAGCUGUAGGUGUUAUAAUAGUAUACAAGUGUAAGGUUCUUGUUAGGUCAACUGUAUAUAAUAUACUAUAAUUUAAUAAAAAUUAAUUUUUAAUUUUACAAUUUAAUAUAUACUAUAAUUUUCUUUAGCAUUCAUGUGAAUUAUAAUUAAUUAUUCUAUCAUGAUAUUAUUUUUAAUUUUACAAUUUAUUUUUUAUUUAAUACUUUAUUAGUAGAGAAAUAUUUAAUACUAGCCGAUGCUCUGGUUUCACCCGCGUAGCUCCAUUUCCCGUGAGAAUACGGGGAUAAAUUAUAAUCUAUGACACUCACAAAUAACGUUGCUUUCUAGUGACGAGAGAAUUUUCAAAAUCGAUUCAGUAGAUUGACAUAUUUUUGCGACUCCACUAAGUGGGAGAGGUACUAUAAAAUCACCUAGAAUACCACAAUUUAACCUCUCUAUAGUUAAGUAGAUAAUAGAUACUAACUACCCUUUAGUCAGCCAACGCACUAGCGAUAAGCCUUAGCGAAUAAUGAACGCCUUUUAAGCAACCAUUGCCUAUAUUAUAAUAUUAUUUGAAUCUUCAUAAUAAAUUUAUAAAAUUGUAGAAUUUCUAGAAUAUUGUCACUGUUGUUAAUUAAUACUAUUGUAUGUAUUUCAGUUUAGUUUGCUAGAUGUAAAAACAUUUAUUAAAAUAAUAAAUUAUAUCUUUUUACAAGGGAUUGUUUCAAUUACAUAAGAAAUGAAAUCGCAACUAUGAAAAAUAUUUUCUUUAUUAUGUCAAGAAAAAGUAAUCAAAUUACAGGGUUAAAUGCAAAUUAACGUUAAAUAACUAAUAUUAAUAAAAACAUUUUUUUAUCUUAAAUUGCCUUGCAAGCAGUUUCCGUGUUUAAUUUUAAAUUAAUUUUCUAGUAUCACUAUUUAUUAUCCAGUUAAUACUAACCAAGUUAAAAGAGUGGAAACUUUUUGGAAUGGAAUACGAUAAUUUGCAAACCAUCUAAUUUAAGAGCAUAUGCCAAAAAAAAUCUUCUGAAAAGUCGUCUAGACAAGAAAUUAAAAAAAAAAGUAGUAGUAAGAAAAUACAGGAAAUUAUGUCCUAUAGUCUAAUUCUAUAUAAAUGACAUUUUUUUUGGCAGCAUAUUUUAAAUGAGCACCGAUAACAAUAUCUAUUCGAAAUGUUUGUUUUGAAGUAACUUAAAACUAUAAACUUAGACCUAUAGAAACCAGAUCUCAUGAUCACCAAACCCAUUACGUAAUUUAAGAUUAUUUAAACUCAUCAUUUUAUCAUAA